AAUUAUCUGAUUUAGAUUGAACGUUGUCGUUUACCUGGCACUUUUAGCUCUAAGCUAAUUUAGAUAGGUAGUUUGAGUUACAGGCUAUUUGCGCAACAAGAUGACCGAAGACUCCCUGUUUGCUAGUGAUUACGACAGCCUGUGUUCUUUAUGUGAGGAGGAAGGUGAAAGACCUUGUCUGGCACUUGGUGUUACUGAACAACAAAGAAAUGUGGAUGAAGAAGCAGAGCUAAAAAGCACCCAUAAAAUGAAUUCUAUAAAUGAAGGGAAAAAAAAUGGUAGUGAAAUGGAAGAAACAAUGACGCACAGAUUUUUUGAGAUGGAUGAUGAGUAUAAUCAUGAAGAAUUUGCAGGGCUUGAAAUGGGUCAAUGUAAAAUAGAAAUGACAGAGGAGAAUAAAAGCAAGCAUGAUGAUGGUAAAGUGAGUGAUGUGAGUGGUGAUCUGGACCCUCCACUACAGGAGGAAAAGAGUGUCCUACAGCUGAAUUCAAGCAGCCCAGUAAAUCUGGUGAUGGUGUGUGAGGAGUCUGGUGAGAGUAGUGUAAAUGAAGAGCUCAUGCUGUGUCCUUCCAAGUCUUUACCCCUUUCACAAACCUCCUUGAUCUCUGCUCCUCCCUCCCAGAAUCCUCUAACUCUCACACUCCCAUCUAGUAAUCCUUCUGUGCUUCAGCUACAAAAACAGCCAGUGGGUCAGACCCAAGGCUCGGUGCCCAUGCCGAUGUCACAGUCUUCCUGCUUGUCCAAGCGCGUGUAUGAGAGCAGUCCCUCUGUUGAGCCCAAAACAUUUACCCAUUCUGGGCAGCUGGAGGUGACGCUGCAGCAGGUGUACACCACACGUCGCUACACCCGUUUCACCAGUAGAUCUGUGCCAUUAAAUUCAUUACAUCCAGAGACUAGCUCCCAGCCCUUACCAUGUGUCAGCAACACCUCUCUUCUGGCACCAGCACCCAAAAAGAAAACACGGACCUCCUACAGCACUGAUCAGUUGGAGGAGCUGGAAAGGAUGUUUCAAGAUGACCACUAUCCAGAUGCUGACAAACGGAAAGAGAUUGCAAUGUCAGUUGGUGUGACACCUCAGAGAGUCAUGGUUUGGUUUCAGAAUCGUCGUGCGAAAUGGCGUAAAACCUCCAAAACAACAACAAGAAGGCCUCCCAUGCCCCGGACCCAAGCUACAGCCCAAGCCCCUGUCCACAGGCCUUCUGUUUUCACAGGUCCUGUGAUUGCACCCCUACCCCCCCAAACAGGAAACACACUCCCUCCUUACAGUACACUGCUCAACAGCUGUACCAGCCCACCAGGCUGUGUGGAUUUGGCAACUAAUGCAUCUCAGGGAAGCACAGGGGAUUAUAAACAUCCCCUUAUGCAGAGUCCACCACCUCUGCGCCGUGCCUCACUACCGUUCUUUGCUGCAUACAACCCCCCUACACAUACACUGUCUGUGCUUCUUGACACACCAGAGCACAGUGAGGCUCAGUCCUUUAGCCUGCAUGCUGACCCUGGGUUUAACUAUGAUUCUCUGGGCUCUUCCGCUAAGUAUGAAGCUGUUGCCUCUGGUCCUGGAAACACUCAGUCCUACCAGCUCAUGACAUACCCCCAACAGUCAAGCACAUUACUUCCUCAGCAACAUAGUACUCUUCUUCCCCAACAAAGUAAUAAUGUACUCCCACAGCAGCCAAACACGCUACUGCCACAAUACUCACGAGUAUCAUACCUCACCCCAUCUCCAUAUCUGACCCCUAACUCAAAUGAGGGCGCUGCCACUUGUGUGCCACUGAACUCAGGAGCUGGCAGCAAUCUUCUGCCCUGCACCAACGGAGGACAUGCUUACUUUCAAUGCCAAAAUGGUAGCCAGAUAUUACUGCAACCUGGGCUACAGGCUUUGCAGACAUUCCCAUGGAGUGGGGACAUGUACAGUCAUUCAGUUCAGGUUCCACAUACUGUUCUAAAGCCCCAGUUCUCAUCCCAUGGUCGUGAGAGCCACUAUCCUUCGCUUGUCCCACCCCAGUCUUACAUCAUGCCUCAGGGGACAUCAUGCCAAAGCCUGGUUAAACCUACCACCACUGACCCCUUGCUGGCCAGUGUCAAAACAGAGCUGGAGGAAACAGGACACAGUCAGCUAGUCAAAGUUAGCGAGGCAGAGACCAUUUUCCAUUGUGACUUCUCACCCAUUCACUUCUGACAUGGCCAUCAGCGCUAACUG